AUGUCUAAAGAAGAAAUUAACAGCACGGCAACUCCAAGAAGUAGGCAUAAACCAAGAUUAGUAAUAUUGAUUAGGCAUGGAGAAAGUGAAUCUAAUAUUAACAAGUUAGUAAAUGAAUAUCUUCCAAAUCAUGCGAUUCCAUUAACAGAAAAGGGUUGGAAGCAGGCACAUAAUGCAGGUGUUCAAUUACUAAGGUUGCUGAAUGUUGAUGAUGAAAAAAUAGUAGAUGAGCUAGCUAGUAAGUAUGAAAUUAAAGACGAAAAUAUAUGUAAAAGCUUACCAUUGGAAGGUUAUAAACCCUUAAAUAAAGAAAAAGACUAUAAUAUUGUUUUUUAUACUUCUCCGUAUAGAAGGACUAGAGAAACUUUAAAGGGGAUUUUAAAUGUUGUUGAUGAGUACAAUCUAAAAUAUAGCAAUGUAAGGAGUUGUCCUGAUGGUUCCUAUCAACCAACAGGGAAGCAGAAAUAUGCUGUUUGGCCUAUUGGCUCUGAGACAAGCGGUGAAUAUACAAAUAGUGAAACCACACAUAAUUUGUCUGAAAAAUAUCCAACAAAAAAUUAUAUCAAAUAUAGAGUAAAGGAUGAACCCAGGUUGAGAGAACAAGAUUUUGGUAAUUUCCAAGAAAUAAAUAGUAUGAAGGACGUUCUCGAAAAGAGGAAAAUAUAUGGACAUUUCUUUUUCAGAUUUCCACAAGGUGAAAGUGCAGCAGAUGUCUAUGAUCGUGUAGCUAGUUUCCAGGAAACAUUAUUUAGACACUUUGAAGAAAGACGUUCUAAAAGAAUAAGAGAUGCCAUUGUCCUUGUUACUCAUGGUAUUUAUUCCCGUGUUUUUCUUAUGAAAUGGUUCCGGUGGACCUAUGAAGAAUUUGAAUCUUUCACGAAUGUGCCAAAUGGUUGCGUCAUAGUUAUGGAGCUAGAUGAAAUUACUGAUCGUUAUAUAUUAAGAACAAGGCUUCCUAAAUGGGAUUAA